UAGAAGAGACAUGUUCCUCGGCCGCGGCAUUAACCUUAUGGUUGGUCUCUCAAAGUCAUUAUUAUCAUUAUCAAAUCUUCGUAACAUGUCCACCACCUACGUCGCCGCAGGCACCGUGGCUCGCUACCCACUGGGGAAAGACCUCUCCUGGAUUACCACUAUCAGGGAUCUAAACCCAGCGGCACUCUCAAUUGGGCGUCCGGUUUCUCUGCUAUACAGAGUCUUGACUAUGAUUGAGCUAUCAAAUGUCGACGGAGCCGUUGAGUUGGUUCGUCUCUAUGUCUCGAAAGAUGAUCGUCCUCGCCACGACACCAUCCUUAUAUGCAACGCCGUGAUCGGAGCCAUGUGCCAAGCGAAACGUUUCAGAGACGGCAUCACUCUGUUCCAUUACUUCUUCAACGACAAAAACAUCGUCCCUAACAUCGUCUCAUUCAACCACGUGAUCAAAGCCUUUUGUGAGCUAGGCCGUGUCGACGACGCCCUUCAACUGUACCGUCACGCUGUUCCGUUCGGUCCCGACAAAGAGACGUUUAGGCUUUUGACUCAAGCCUUGGCCGACGCGUAUGGCUACCGGGAAGCUUCAUCCGUGAGAUUAUGUAUAUGCUCAACUAAUGAGUGGACGCCCAUGCUCGUUGAGAUUCGUGCGCGCUUGGAUCAGAUGGAUGCUGAGGAUGCUGAUGAUUACUUUCACAAGAAUAGGCUGAUAUACGAUGAUGAUUCCGAUUCGCCGGGAGUUUUCGCAUCGAUUGCUACGAUAUUUGUGGAAUAUUGGCUCAAACAUGGCAAUGAAAAGAAAGCUAUGGAGUGCUAUAGCUCUAUCCGUACUUGGGUAAGCGUAAGUGCCACCACUGGGAACACCCUUUUGAGGAUUUUCCUAGCAAAUGGCAAAGAAUUAAAGGCUCAUACCUUGUUCGAAAACAUGUUGAAGAAACCCAAACGUUUUGAUUCAGACACCAUUAACAUAGUGGUGGACUACUGGUUCGACCUUGACGAGUUUAACAAGGCCAUGGAGACAUUCAACGAGUCACAACAACAGGGAAAAAAGAGAAUGGCUGGGUGUUAUAGUAACAUGAUCGCUAGGCUUUGCGAGCGUGGGAUGAUGUGGGAGGCUGAAGGUUUGUUUGAGGACAUGUGUUCAGACAAAGACUUGUCUCCUCCUCCUGAUGUGUCUACAUUCAGAUCCAUGGUCAAUGGAUAUGUUCGCUCGGGAAGAGUUGAUGAUGCCAUCAAAAUCUCGAACAAAUUAGCAAUUUUGAAACUGCGCAAGGUUUCCAUUUACGAGGACUGAUGUGUCUUUAAUUCCCUAUGAGUGACUUCUUGUCGCUUUUCUUAUUACCUUGCUGGAGCUUUUAGCUGUCUAUUGCUCUCAUCAUGCUUAUUGUACCAAUCUAUAUCAAUAAUAAUUUAAUUACUUUAGGUUC